AUGUCAAUGUUUUCUCUCAAAUUCGUUUUCUUUUUUCUUCAAUUCCUUCAAAUUGUGAAUCUGACUUUUAUCACCAAAUCUGGAUAUUUAUCAUCAAAUAUCACGAUUUUCGGACAAUUUUUGUGUAAUUCAAAACCUCUGUCAAAUCAAAAAGUUCUACUUGUUGAGUAUGACAAAUUAGAUCCAAAUGAUCUUCUCAACACAACAAUCACUGAUAAAAAUGGAAAAUAUACGAUUUUUGGAGAAGAAGCUGAAUUUCAUGGAAUGGAGCCAAUUCUAUGUUUAAAACAUGAUUGUAAUUCGAUUGGAUUUGUUGAAAGUUGGGAAAUUGAUAAGAAAUAUCUGGAUGAAGUUAUAGAAAUCAAUGAGGAUUUUGGAAAGGGAAAUUUUAUUCGAAAAAAUUAUGAAAAAUCGAAUGCAAUUUGUAAGGAGUUUUUUAAAUGA